AUGGAGUCCUAUCGCUUUCCCAGCGGGUUCCAAGUGACGAGAGAAGAUGUCGACCACGUUCUCCUCCAGCGUCUUGGGCAACGGCUAGGUUCUGUUGACGAGAAAGACACAGUGCUGAAGAUGCUGAAGAGCAUGGUGCUCGAUCGUGAGACGCUGGCUCUGGUCUCGGCAGAUGAGCUGAUAUCAGAAGCCGAGAUGAAUGAGAUGCAAGCGUUUGCGCUGAAGCUAGAAGAUGGAGAGUGGGGCUCGUGGAAGCAGCAGCUGGGGUUAGCCAAGCCCGUGCAUAAGUCUCCACCAGUCGAGGACAAACAACACUUUCAGGCAGCAGCCUCUCAGUCAGGAUUCCCCUCCUUUAACUCGCAGCCCUCGUUUUCUCCCAACCCCGUGGCGAGCAACGGGCCCUCCGCCCAUCUUUCGUUCGGAGGUCAAGGACUCUUCCAGCAACCCAAUGGCAGUCAGACUUCAGCUGCAGUCCAGCUGACUGAAGCGCCUCGAAAGCCAGAAGCGUCCAAACCUCCUCCUCAGAGCUCACAGCCGCCUAUCAGCUUCAACAACUUGACCGCCGGGCAACCAACUCAGCCUUGGCAACAAGCUCAAGCCCCGCAGGGCCCCGGCACGAGCACAUUCAUGGACCCGGCAGGUAGCAAGGGAAAUCUCUUCAGCUUUGGUGGAGGCGCUCCCAGCCAGGGCUUCAUGGCACCGCAGCCCUCCCAAGCUCCGGCAUUUUCGUUUCAACCAAAACCAGCUGUUGUCCAGCAGGACCUCAAGGCUCCUUCCAGCGUGCCAGCUCCUCUUCACGUGCAGCAAACGGUCGAGCCUCGCAAGAGCGAGCCGGAACCAGUGCACGAGCAGCAGCAGCAGCAGCAGCAGCAGGUACACAAGCAAGAGGCGCAUGGGGAAGUGCCCGAAGGCACGAACGAUGUAGAGCAUGCGGGAACAGACGAUCGGCCUCAGCAAGAGCACGUCAACGAGCCCGAGUACGAGGAGAGCGCUGAGAUGCCCGACGGGGAUGACACGGACUUUGCGGACCUGGUGGAGCAUAUCAUCCUGAUGAUGUACAAUCCGAAGGGAGACGAUGACAGCGACGAGGCGGUCAAGUACAGCAUUCGCAUCGACAAGGUCAGGAACUUUCUGGACGCCUCUCCUCUCGCCUCCAUGAAGAACGGGCAAGUGAGAGCGGACAAGGCGAAACUUGCGGCGCUGGUCGACGGCGGGGAUGGAGUCGGGUUCACCGAGGAGGAGAUGAAGACUAUCGACGGCGUUCUCUUCAAGAAGUCGACGAUGCCGGCCGCCCCAAAGUCUCGCGCAAAGCGCAUCGUCGGGCGACCCAAGGCGAACCUGAACCUUAAGUACGGCUCAGUAGAGCUGGACCUCAUUCAUGUCUCUGGGUUUGACCGGCCCCCGCUGGCCAACUGGGAGGAGCUGGUGACGCUGCAGCAAGGGAGGGACCAGACGUUCGGCCAGGACCACGGAGGGUCGCUGGUGCCCCUGGAGCACAUCGUGGUAGCGAUCAACGAGUAUGGCAGGCAGUGCGAGUGGAAUCGAGACGACAGCGGCAGCUUCACCGUCCGCCCUAUCCAGGCGGCCACCAUCCCAGCUAGUCUGAGCGGCUUCAACAUUGUGGCAACGGCUGAGACGGGGUCAGGAAAGACCAUGUGCUUUGCCGUGGCGGCUCUGGCAGCGAUCGAGCCCUCCAAACAGCGUCCUCAAGUGCUGAUCAUGGCGCACAACCGACCGCUGCUUGACCAGCUCUGUGACGAGGUAGACAAGCUCUGUGCUGCCUUGCGGGACAAGUGCGGGGUGAACUUGGCAUGGGCCUUCGUGGACAACGAGCGGAGAGGCGGGCCGGCGAUCAACACGCAGGCUCAGAUCAUUCUGUCGACGGCCAACCAGCUGGGCAACAAGGUGAGGGACAACCGGCUGCCGUGCGGGGACGUGAAGCUGUUGAUCGCGGACGAAGUGGAUGACAUCUUUGCUCAAUCGGGCGGACGAGAGUCGGCGGACGAGAUCAUAGUCAAAGUCCUCAGGCAGUGCGUGCAGCAGAACCCCAAGAGGCAGCGUCCCAAGGUCCUCUUCUUCUCGGCGACCAUCGGCGACGACGAGAACGACCCCGACGACGUCCAGCUGAGGAGACUGAUCGACCUGUGCGUCGACCACAAGUACAUCCGCUUCCGAGUGCCAAGGAAGGACGUCGCUGGUAUGACUCAUCUGUUCAUCAAGUGCGGGUCGGAGGCUGAGAAGCAGGGAGUGAUGCCUUGGCUGCUGUCGGACAUGUUCCUUGCCGGCUCGGCCAUCGUCUUCUGCAAGAACAAGUCAGGAGGGAGAGUGUCAGUGGACUCGCUCAUCUAUAUGGACAACGACUGUAGGAGGAGGAGGGGCCUGGGGGAGAUCGACGGCGAGAUCGGAGUGAACCUCCUGCAGGGGGUGCAGGAGUUCACGGCUGGAUCCGACAUCACGAGGGAGCAGAGGAUAGAGAUGAUGAAGAGGUUCAGGGAGAACCGAGCUCAUAUCCUCAUCGCCACGGACUCAGUCGCCAAGGGCAUCGACGUGCCCAACGUGACCAUGGUCGUGCAGAUGGAGCUGGUGAAGGAGCAGGGGAGAGGAGGCUUCCAGUGGAUCAAGACCAGGAAGAAGGCGCUGGAUCAAUUCCGCCACAGGUCCGGGCGAACGGCACGAGCCUUGCAGAAGGGCAUCAACAUCGUCCUGCUGCAGCCCAACGAGGAGGAGAUCGCCCACGAGUACGUCCGCAUCCUCCAGAUCCUCCCGGACAACGUGAAGUUCAUCUCGGCGUCGGAGGGAGCGAGCGUGCGUGAGUUCAUCAACGAUGCGCAGAACUGA